GAGAGCUUGAAGAAGUAUUGGAGGAGAAGGAUGUACCAGAGACUCAAUGGGAAUAGGAGGAGGGUAAAGGUGAUAAGGCUUGGAGGAGGAACUGCUUCUACUGGAGGCUGGAUUUGGAAAAUCAGAGUGAUUCCAAAGCUGCGGCCGAGAAUGUCCACAUCAUUGUUCAGAUUUCUGGCGAGGUUUCAUGAUGCUUAUAUGGACAUGAAGGCUAACGGUGGUGGUUUGUUUGGAGGGAAGAAGAUUGCCAAAGGCCAGCAUGUUGCCGUGGCGUCUGGUGGUGAGGAAGUUGAUAGCAGGUUGGUCAUGGAAAUCUACAGGAGAUUAGCUGCUUGUCGUGAGUUUAGAACUGCUUGAAGCUGCUUUUGUCUCUCAAAGACUACUCUGUUAGUGCAAGGUAAUUUUUGAUUGACUACUUAUCUAUAGAUAGGCUUACUCUGUUGGUGCAAAUGUUUAUAAUUACUCAUUAUUUUUUAUAUUACUAAUUUACUAUGGAUUAGUUUUUAAAAACAUAAACUAAAUUUCAUUGAUUUGAAGCUGAAGACACAUCAUUGUUCAACAGUCUUAGAACCUCAGUCAGGUUAGCUCUUUACAAGCUGAUUCAAAUACAAGAUUUCGCAUUGC